GCUAGCGGAGCCGCUUCUGGCGCUCCUUGCCGUCCCGGGGCGGGGGCGGGCGCGGGAGGGCGCCGCUCCGGGGAUGUAGUUGGUUCCCGCGCCAGGCAGGACCGAGCUGCAGCCCGGGUUCCCGCUCUUGAGCGCGAAUGGUCACUUCCCCCGGGGAGGGCGAUCGGGUCAGCUUUUCUGAGGAUCGGGGGCCCGGAGAAGGGGCUCACCUGUCGCACCCGCACUUAGCGGGUUGGACUCGCCGGCGUCACCGCCGCGGACCUCGCUCUGGGCCAUGAUCAGAUAUGAUUGGUGAUUACAAGAUCCCUGUAUAAGUUAAUUCCUGUCAACUGCUUGGAAUUUGAGGAGAAAAUGCCUGGUGUUAUACCUAGUGAAAGUAAUGGGCUUUCAAGAGGUAGUCCAUCAAAAAAAAACAGACUUUCCUUGAAGUUUUUUCAAAAAAAGGAAACCAAGACAGCCUUGGAUUUCACAGAUACUCAAGAAAAUGAAGAAAAGACUUCUGAAUAUAAAGGGUCUGAAAUUGAUCAAGUUGUUCCUGCGGCACAGUCCUCGCCUAUAAACUGUGAGAAGAGAGAAAACUUGCUACCAUUUGUGGGACUGAAUAAUCUCGGCAAUACUUGUUAUCUUAAUAGUAUACUUCAGGUAUUAUAUUUUUGUCCUGGUUUUAAAUCUGGAGUGAAGCACUUAUUUAAUAUUAUUUCAAGGAAGAAAGAAGCCCUAAAAGAUGAAGCCAAUCAAAAAGAUAAGGGAAACUGCAAAGAAGAUUCUUUGGCAAGUUAUGAACUAAUAUGCAGCUUACAGUCCUUGAUCAUUUCAGUUGAACAGCUUCAGGCUAGUUUUCUAUUAAAUCCAGAAAAGUACACUGAUGAACUUGCUACUCAGCCAAGGCGACUACUUAACACACUCAGGGAACUCAACCCUAUGUAUGAAGGAUAUCUACAGCAUGAUGCACAGGAAGUAUUACAGUGUAUUUUGGGAAACAUUCAAGAAACAUGCCAACUCCUAAAAAAAGAAGAAGUAAAAAACGUGGAAGACUUAUCUACUAAGGUAGAAGAAUAUCAGAAAGAGGAAAUGAGUGAUAAUAACAGCAUGGAGAUGGACAAUAUGAGGCAUUCUGAAGACUAUAAAGAAAAACUCCCAAAAGGAAAUGGGAAAAGAAAAAGUGAUGCUGAAUUUGGUAACAUGAAAAAAAAAGUUAAAAUCUCCAAGGAACACCAGUCUUCGGAAGAAAACCAGAGACAAACCAGAUCAAAAAGAAAAGCUGCAGGAGAUACAUUAGAGAUUUCUCCUAAAAUAAUCCCCAAGCACAUUUCUGAAAAUGAGAGUACAAGACCCUCCCAAAGGAAAUCAAAAGUUAAAAUAAAUUGGUUAAAGUCUGCAGCUAAGCAACCCAGCAUUCUUUCCAAGUUCUGUAGUAUGGGUAAAAUAGCAACAAACCAAGGAUCCAAAGGACACUGUAAAGAAAAUGAAUAUGAUCUUGAAGAGGACUUGGGGAAGUAUGAAAAUGAUAAUACGACUAAUGAUUGUGAACUUGAGUCUCCAGGGAAUAAUGAUAUGCCCAUUAAUGUUAAUGAAGUUAAGCCCAUAAACAAAGGUGCAGAGCAAAUUGGUUUUGAGCUAGUGGAGAAAUUAUUUCAAGGUCAGCUGGUAUUAUGGACUCGUUGCUUAGAAUGUGAAAGUUUAACAGAAAGAAGAGAAGAUUUUCAAGACAUCAGUGUACCAGUGCAAGAAGAUGAGCUUUCCAAAGUAGAGGAGAAUUCUGAAAUUUCUCCAGAGCCAAAAGCAGAAAUGAAGACCCUGAGAUGGGCAAUUUCACAGUUUGCUUCAGUGGAAAGGAUUGUAGGAGAAGAUAAAUAUUUCUGUGAAAACUGCCAUCAUUAUACUGAAGGAGAACGAAGUCUUUUGUUUGACAAAAUGCCUGAAGUUAUAACUAUUCAUUUGAAGUGCUUUGCUGCUAGUGGCUUGGAGUGAGUAUUCUAAAGUUUUAUUCAAAAUACUAUGAUAUUUAC